AUGUCUACCAAUAUUGAAGCUAUAUCUAGUGUUAAUGAGUACGAUGGAACUGAACCCCUAUUUGAACAAUUAUUUACCGAUAGUGAUGAAGAAUAUGAUGUUAAUAAGGAUCAAUACGUAGAGAGUUAUUUGGAUGAUGAGGAGUGGAAUGAGGAUGACUACACUUCAGAGGAAGAAAGUGAAGUAGAAGUUAACAUAGAGAAUGAAGGUGAGAUAAUGAAAAGAUUUGAUGUUGAAGAUAAUGAAAAAAUUAGUCUAAAAAAGUUUAUGAUAUUUGUUGACGUACAUGAGUUCAGGAGUGUAUUGAGAGAUUACAUAAUUCAAGAGAAUUUUGAUAUAAUAAGAGUGAAAAAUGAGAAAGUAAGAGUGUCUGCCAUUUGUGCUUCUGAAGGUUGUCCUUGGAGGAUUCAUGCUUCUCCUUCUCCAGAUGGUAUUGCUUUUAUGAUCAAGAGUUAUGAGUCAAGGCAUACUUGUAUUAGAAAAUCUGAGAAGAGAAAUGCUAAUUCUACAUGGAUAGCAAAAAAGUUAAAACAAUCUUUAAAUGCUGAUCCAAAUAUGAGCUAUGAACUCAUGUCUAAUGAAUUGAUUACCAAGUUUGGAGUUGAAGCCCAUCCUAAGAAAUUAUAUAGGGCCAGAAGAAAAGGAAGGGAAGAAGUUGAAGGUUCUCAUGCUUUAAGUUAUAAGAAAAUAGUUAAGUUUGCUAAUAUGUUACUAGAAAAAAACAGGGGGAGCAUAGUAAGAUUGGAGUACUAUGAUCAAAUGACAUUGGAAGAGGAAAAUCAUGGUUGUCAUUUGAAAGGUCCAUAUGGAGGAGUAUUGCUAUGUGCAGUUUCUCUUGAUGCAAAUAAUGGAUUAUUUCCCAUAGCAUUUGCUAUAGUGGAGGCAGAGUGUAGAGACUCAUGGAGCUUUUUCUUAAACUGCUUACAUGAUGCACUAGAAGAUGAUCACAACUUGAGAAGCAUGACUGUGUUGAAAUUAGUGGAUGGGCUAAGAGUCAAAAUCAUGAUGAGAUUCUACACACAGUUUUCUUCUACUGCAUCUUGGUCAUAUAAUGUUGGACCAAGAAUUGCAACUGAAAUAAAUAAAACUACUGAAGAUGCAAGAUAUUGCAAAGUAAAACCUGCUGGUGGACAUCGAUAUGAAGUAUAUGAUGGUUUUACAAGAUUCCCUGUGAAUUUAGUAUUGCAUACAUGUGAAUGCAAAGCAUGGCAAAUAAAUGGGUUGCCAUGCAAACAUAGUGCAGCGGCAAUUAUUUACAUACGGGAAAAAGUGGAGAAUUAUUGUGAUGCAUAUUACCACAAAGAUAAGUACAUCAUAACUUAUUAUGGACUACACAGUCCCUUACCAGAUCUGGAUACUUUGGAUGAUACAAAUGUGCUUCCACCAUCAUUGCGUAGACUUCCAGGGAGGCCAAGAAAAAGUAGGAUAAGGGAAAAAGAUGAAGAUGCACCAUCAAAUGCAAGGAGAAUUUCAACAGUUAGAUGCUCUAAUUGUAAAGAUUUAGGACACAAUAGAAAAGGCUGUCAAAGGGCUCCAGAAAUUUCAGCAAGUGAAUCACAAACUUCAAUGAUAAAACAAACUCAACAACAUGCUUCAGCACAGGCCAAAGCAAAGUCACAACUACAAGCCAAACAAAUAAAAAGGGGUUAG